AUGUCUAGCCAGCCUCUUCUCCAAACCGCUCCAGGCAAGCGCAUCGCGCUCCCGACCCGUGUCGAGCCCAAGGUCUUCUUCGCCAACGAGCGAACCUUCCUGUCAUGGCUGAACUUCACCGUCAUCCUCGGCGCCCUGGCCAUCGGCAUGCUGAACUUUGGUGACCGGCCCGCCUUCAUCUCGGCGUUCCUGUUCACCGGUGUCGCCAUGCUCACCAUGAUCUACGCCCUCUUCACCUACCAUUGGCGCGCCAAGAGCAUACGGACGAGGGGCCAGUCGGGCUUCGACGACCGCUUUGGCCCCACCCUCCUCGCCAUUGUGCUGCUGUUGGCCGUCGUCGUCAACUUUGUCCUCAGAAUCGUCUACUCCAGCGGUGAGGGUGGCAAGAAGCACUAA